GGUGAACAGGUGACAGGUGGUGGUGGUGAUGAGUUGUGCGUGAGGACAUAUGAUGAUGUGGAUGGCAGUAACGUGAAUGGUGCUCUGGCCUGAUCUGCUACAGUCUUUCCACUUUACCUUCUGGGAAGCAGUGCACUUCCCUCAGGCUGUUUUUUAAGUGCUAUCCCCUGUUGGGUCAGGAUGGAGAUACCUGUAACCAAACCCGCCAAAAGAGUUGUUGGUUAUUGGUUCAAUGAGAAGAAAUGUCAGAAGUUCAGAUUGGCAGAGUUGCAGGCAGAAUGCAAACGGCGGGGAAUUGAACUUGUAAAGAUUGAUUUGAGCCGCCCUAUCGAAGAUCAAGGCCCCUUCGACCUCAUGCUGCACAAGCUGACUGCUCUCUAUGCUCAAGCUCUUAGUAAUGACCCAAAGGCUCUACUUGCAAUUAAGAGGGUUGAAAAGUACAUUAGUGAAAAUCCCAAAACCUUCAUAAUGGAUCCCAUUCCUGGUGUUUGUCAGCUCCUCCAAAGGGACCAGACUUACCAUCUUCUGCAACAGUGCACCAAGGAGGAUGAUAAAGUUUUCACUCCUACUUAUGCCAAGCUGACAACCACAGAUAUUCAGUUAAACAAAAAACUCCUCACUGAGGCCAGUGUUACUUUCCCAAUGGUUUGUAAACCGGUUACUGGAGGGGGAACUAAGGAAGCCCAUGAGAUGGAUGUGGUAUUUAAUGAGGCUGGCAUUGCUGAGUGCACUUUGCCUUGCAUUGCCCAGUCUUUUAUCAACCAUGGAGCAGUUCUGUACAAAUUGUUUGUAUUGGGACCUGUUUGGUUUGUGGUGGUUCGUCCAUCACUGAAAAACUUCUAUGCAGGAGUUGAUGGUUGCUAUGGUAUUAACAAGCUUGCAGAGCAAGAGACCGUUCACUUCAACUCGCAUCAUGUGUCAAAAGAAAAUUCACAAUCUCCACUGAACCAGUUAGACCCAGGUGAUGAGAAGGAAGAUCUGCCAAAAGCAGACCCAGCUGUAUUUAACAGGAUUGUGACAGUUCUUCGUGAUGAGCUGAAGAUGGAUCUUCUUGGUAUAGAUGUUGUUAUUGAGAGCAGAUAUGAGAUUAUUGAUGUUAAUGCUUUCCCAAGUUAUGAUUCAGUGCCGAACUUAAUGAAACACUUGGUGGACCUCUUAAUCAUGAGGAUGGAGCCGGUUUCAAGGAUACCUGAAAACAGCCAGACGUCAGGUCUUCUUGCAUCACCAGAGUUACCUCAGGAAGAUUCUGGUGUCGAUACGGGAUAG